AUGUUGUCAAUUUCAUCUGUCUGUGAUUUCGCCGGGACCUUAUCCACUGUAACAAUUCAUUCGAAUCAGCUGUUCCGGGAUGCCAUCGACCCCAGUGGCUGUUUGCAACUGCUUGAAGAGAUUCCGGCCUCGUCUCCGUACGCAAAACGGUACAACUAUCCGUUGCAAGCCAUUCCUUCGUACAUGCUACCACCGGAUCGUCAGCCACAACACACAAAUGAAACCGCAAAAAGAUUGGAAUUCGAACUUAAAACAAUCCUUCAAUCCUUGGCACGAUCUUUGUUUGGUCCAGCUGGCAUCACAAACAAGGUCGGAUAUGCUUUCGGUCUGGGACUGGAACGAUGGGCCAUGCAGCUGUAUCACAUUCCGGAUAUUCGUCUUUUCUGGACUCAAGACUCGGGAUUUUUGCACCAAUUCGAAACGGAUGAUAUUCAUCGGGAAAUUAUCUACAAGCCCGUAAGUGUUUAUCCGCAGUGUAUAUUGGAUCUGUCUUUCUGGCUCCGUGAUUCCCCCGAGUCAACUGUUCCCGAACAAUCCGACAAUCAGAACGAACUGGAUCCAAUCUCGUUGGCGGUUGAACGCGAUUUCUACGACCUGGUUCGUUCGGUGGCUGGGGAUUUAAUCGAGCAGGUUCGUUUAAUUGACCGAUUCAUUGAUCCGAAAACCGGUCGCCGGAGUCAUUGCUAUCGUCUGAUCUAUCGGGAUCAGCAUCGCACCCUGACGAUGGAUGAAGUUCGACCGAUUCAUCAACAAAUUGCUCAAUGUGCCACCGACCGAUUCGGUGUACAAAUACGCUGA